CGAGCGUUUGCUUGCUUUUGUUUGUUUCGAUUCGACCCGGCGAUUAGCUUCUGGAAUCGCCUCUCUUUGGAUCUCGCGGGCUCCCUAAUCUGGGGAGACAUGGAUGUCAUAGAAGCCUUCCGAUCGAUGAGUUGGGAGCAGGAGUCGUACCCCGCCUACGAGGACUUCCUGGCGCUGCCCUUCUUCGCGCUGUUCUUCCCCACAAUCAGAUGCUUCCUGGAUAGGUUCGUCUUCGAGAAAUUGGCUAUGCGACUUAUACCUCAAACGGUGCCUAAAGAUUUCGGUGCUGAAAAUGAAAGGAGAAGAAAGAUCAACAAAUUUAAGGAAUCAGCAUGGAAAUGUGUUUAUUUUCUUUCGGGAGAGCUGCUGGCUCUGUCUGUCACAUACAAUGAACCAUGGUUCACGAGUACUAGGUAUUUUUGGGUAGGACCAGGAGAUCAAGUGUGGCCUGAUCAGAAAAUAAAGUUGAAACUUAAGGCUGUUUACAUGUAUGUUGCUGGUUUCUACACAUAUUCUAUAUUUGCCCUUAUAUUCUGGGAAACGAGACGGUCCGACUUCGGAGUGUCAAUGUCUCAUCAUGUAGCAACUGCGAUUCUCAUUGCGCUGUCUUACAUAUUCAGGUUUGCUCGUGUUGGUUCAAUUGUUUUAGCCAUACAUGAUGCAAGUGAUGUGUUUCUGGAAGUAGGGAAGAUGUCUAAGUAUAGCGGUUCUGAAUGGCUUGCUAAUGCUUCAUUUCUUCUGUUUGUUGCAUCAUGGGUCUUACUUCGUCUUACAUACUUCCCAUUCUGGAUACUCCGAAGUACGAGUUAUGAAGUCCUCUUGACUUUGGACAAGGCAAAGCACAAAUUUGAAGGACCUAUAUAUUAUUAUGUGUUCAACACCCUUCUAUUCUCGCUGCUUGUUCUUCACAUCUAUUGGUGGGUAUUGAUCUAUCGGAUGCUUGUAAACCAAAUCCAGUCUAGAGGCCAUGUUGGGGACGAUGUUCGAUCUGAUUCUGAAGGUGAAGAGGAACACGAAGAUUGACUGCUGAUAUUUUCUGACCAUGCCGAUAUAUGAACAUCAGAGUCAUGGGAAGAUCUUCAUUUCUCUUUUGCUUUUACGGUGCCAGCUACUAGUAUUCAAAUUGGUGUACAAAUUUUAGAGAAAAUCCUGUUCUCUCUUUUUAGGUUGAUUGACAUGUAAGAUUCACAAGAUGAAAACAGAUCUCCAGCAUGAUUCUUCCCCCAUUUGGUGAGUAGUUGUCAUUGGAGAUAUCUCCUUACUACUGGAGGGCAUCUGUAUGUUUUAUGUCAAGAACAGAUGGGGUCACCCGCACAUAGACAUUAUUAUUAUUUUGGUAGGCAUUCAUAUUUUGGUCAACCAGCACAGUUGAUGCAUUCUGAAUUCUGUAUUUUAUUCAACAGUCAACAAUUUUCAAAAUGUGUGUUGAUUUGGUUUUUCUGA